AGUGCUUUUUGUGUUUAAACGCUUCAUUAGGUUUAAGAUUAAAGCCCGGUGAGAGCCAUCGAAAGAAGGAAACAGGAGAACAGCGUUUUUUUGCUUCCACGCAUCUAAGAACGUUGUCCUCUCUACCCAAAAAGAUUCGAAGGCGAGAGGAAGGGAUUUUUUUCUUUUUUUUCUAAGUAGGCAGAUCAGCAGGGCGGAAGCAAAGUAGAGUAAGGGGGAGAGAGUUUGAGAAGCAGUGGGAGGCGAAUGCAGAUCUUAAAAAAAGUCUUUCGUCGUUGCUUAUGAACAGAUAGUACCCUAAGUCAUGCUGGCUGAGUGUGUGUUUCUGGUGAUGUCUGGAGGGCAGACCGGCGGAGAGGCUGCUGGUGCCAGGCAGCGACGCAGGACCAACCUGAGCCCUGCGAGAGAAGAUCUGGAGGGACUUUCCUCACCACCCGCUUUCCGCAAACUCUCGCCCAUGUACCCCAAGGAGGAGCACAGCACUGGGGGAAUCACCUCCUCUGUCAACUACCUAGAUGGAGCUUAUGAGUACCCAAACCCAACUCAGACCUACGGCACCUCAUCGCCCACUGAGCCUUCUUCUGUCGGAUACUACCCGGCUCCCCCGGACCCUCACGGUCCAGCGGUUGAAGAACAUCUGCAGUCUUUAGGCACGGGAUCCAGCAGCCCUCUCAUGUUCGCACCCUCCAGCCCUCAGCUGCCUCCGUAUCUCAGCCAUCAUGGCAGCCACCACUCUACUCACCAGGUGUCUUACUACCUGGACACCUCCUCUAGCACAGUCUACAGGUCCAGUGUGUUAGCUUCUCAGCCUGCAGGUGUCGGCUUGUGUGAGGACCUCUGCAGCUCUACAGACAGGCAAGAGUUGUAUAACGGGUCAAAAGCCACAGGAGGGUUUGGUCUGGCGAAGGAGACACGCUUCUGUGCGGUGUGCAGUGACUAUGCUUCUGGUUACCAUUAUGGAGUCUGGUCCUGUGAGGGCUGCAAAGCUUUCUUCAAGAGAAGCAUUCAAGGUCACAAUGACUAUGUUUGUCCAGCGACCAACCAGUGUACUAUUGACAGAAACCGCAGGAAGAGCUGCCAAGCAUGCAGACUACGCAAGUGCUAUGAAGUAGGGAUGAUGAAAGGAGGUAUUCGUAAGGAUCGAGGUGGUCGAGCUGUCAGGCGGGAGAGGAGGAGGAGUGGUAGUGAGGAUCAUGAUAAAUGCUACAACGAACAGCCGACUCAUGUGGGUCUAAAGACGGUUGCUCCACAGAACAAAAGGAAGAUAGGCAGCAGUGGGGUGGUCAGUGCUUUAUGCAUGAACCCAGAACAGGUGCUGCUGUUGCUCAUGGGGGCGGAGCCACCAGCCGUCUGUUCACGACAGAAAUACAGCCGCCCGUACACAGAGAUCACAAUGAUGUCCCUGCUCACCAAUAUGGCCGAUAAAGAACUCGUCCACAUGAUAGCCUGGGCUAAGAAAGUACCAGGGUUCCAGGAUCUCUCUUUGCAUGAUCAGGUUAAGUUGUUGGAGAGCUCCUGGCUGGAGGUGUUAAUGAUUGGACUUAUAUGGAGGUCUAUUUACUCGCCUGGAAAACUCAUCUUUGCUGAGGAUCUCAUUCUUGAUAGGAGUGAAGGAGAAUGUGUCGAGGGAAUGGCCGAGAUUUUCGACAUGCUCUUGGCAACCGUGGCUCGAUUCCGCAGUCUCAAACUUAAGCCGGAGGAAUUUGUGUGUCUCAAAGCCAUCGUACUGCUUAAUUCUGGUGCGUUUUCAUUCUGUUCCAGUCCUGUGGAGCCCCUGACAGACAGCUUCAUGGUGCAGUACAUGCUGGAUAACAUCACUGAUGCCCUCAUUUACUGCGUCAGUAAAUCAGGUGCCUCACUGCAGCUGCAGUCACGUCGACAGGCCCAGCUUCUGCUGCUCCUGUCCCACAUCAGACACAUGAGCAACAAAGGGAUGGAGCACUUAUACAGCAUGAAGUGCAAGAAUCGAGUUCCACUGUAUGACCUGCUGUUGGAGAUGCUGGAUGCUCACCGGUUCCACUCUUCAGGGAAAGUGCAGCGACCCUGGGCACACAAUGAGAAUGAUCCACCCUCUACACCCACAACCAGUUGCGGCAGUCCCUCCAGAGGACACGGAGUCAUGCAGCUCAACUCCGAGCCAAAGUCCUGACUCCCGAGUCAUAGCAUCUGAAACACAUACUGGUCAAAUUUAACAGCUAAACUGUGGACUGUGAUUCAUGGCAAUGUUACUGCCUACUAAUUAAAUUGGGGGUAAAGUGGAGUCUCUGUUUGUGCCUUAAAAAGAUUCCACCUUAAAUUCAGGUACACCAAACCAGAUUAAUACAAGAGCUAAUGGGCAGAUUAGAUCCAUGAGAACAAGCGUCCAGAACACUUCACAUUUAUGGUCACAGUUUUAAAAGUCAAGACUUUAUAAAAGGUCUGUUUGGCCUCCGUCCGUGAUAUUCUGAGACAGCUUUAUGCAGAAGCUGCUCAUUUUUUUCCGUUUAGAUCUAUUGAGUGACAAUAUUCUCAUCACCCUUACGAAAAUUUACCAUGGUUUUACUACAGAUAAAACCAAAAAAACAUGGUUAUUGUAGUAAAACAAUGGUUAUCACAAAAUAACCAUGAUUUGAAAACCAUGUUUUUGUAAAAACCAUAGUAAACGAUGGUAACUAGUAAAAUCAUGGUUUUGCCCCAAGUUAUGGGCAGUCGUGGCCUAAUGGUUAGAGAGUCGGACUCGUGACCAGAAGGUUGCGGUUCGAUCCUCAGGUCCGGCGGGUAACGACUGAGGUGCCCUUGAGCAAGGCACCUGACCCCUACUUGCUCCCCGGGCGCUGCAGUGAUAGCUGCCCACUGCUCCGGGUGUACGUGUGGUCACCACUUGUGUGCGUGUGUUCACUACUCUCUGGAUGGGUUAGAAGCAGAGGUCACAUUUCUGGUAUGGGUCACCAUAUCUGACUAAUAGGUCACUUUCACUUCACUUCACUUUCACUUCACUUUCACUUCACUUCACUUCACUUCACUUAAUCAAUGCACCAAAAAACCAUGGUUAAUUUUCGUAAGGGCAGUUAAAUGUAAAUGGAAUGAGAUACGUGCAAUUUCUUCAAAAUUGUAUGAAAAUCGGUUUAAUUCAUAAAAACGAAGUUCCUUACCAAUGAUUAUUCAAACCAUUUAUUUGUAAACAAAUUUGUUAUUUACAAUAAAAUUUCAUUGAAUUCGGUCAGUCUCAUAGCAGAAUAGCAAACUGAAGAUGUUGAAGCAACGAUUCACAGAGAUAUUUACAUUUUACAUGCUACUAUAAUUACAUUACAAUAACACACAAUAGCUGUGUAUAAUUAUAAGCAGCUACACUAAAUAUGAAUAGUUCAUCAGUAUUAAUUCUAAACACACAGUAACACGAGCGCUGUAUAAGUUAACGCAAAAAUAAAAAACAGGAGCGCCGCCUGCAGGUCAACGUGAAAACAGCAUUACACGUAUAAAACUAUUUUCUUAAAUUGCAUAUCAGUGCGAUUGAUUCUCGUAAUCCGAUCUGUUUAUGAAUACAAUAUGUGAUAUAUUUUUAAAAAAAAUUUAGAUGUUGAAUUUUAAAUUAAAUGACAAAAAUGAAAACACAUUAGCUCAGUGAUAAGUGUUUAUGGCGUUUAUAUGAGUUCGUUAGUUUGUCAGUAUAUACUGAUUAUAUUUUUACUGUGACAGUGAUGUCAUUGCUUUGAUUGUAUGACCAGACCUAUAAAAGACCAUCAUGUGAACAUGAAAUAUCUUUAAGGCUUGAAAUAAUUAUUAGUCUCAAAGAUGAUUAAUUAUUGAUAUCCACGUGAUAGCUUGAUAGGCCUAUAACGGACUGCCUUACACUACAUUCUGCCUCUUUUGCAUAUUAUUGUGGUGAAGUGUAAAAGCAUGUGUGAUUAUGAUGUGAUGUCUUUCAGAUUACCUCCUGUGUGUUUAUAUGCUUGAUCAAAGUCCCGUAGAUAUUAACAUCGCAUUUAUCAGCUACUAUAUUUCACACAUUUAAAUUUGACAUAUUACAAGUAAUAUAGCAUAGUGUAAGUUUUGAUUUUGAGUUGAUAAAAAGAUUUAAAUGAUAGUUUCAGCAAACUACUUGAGCAAACCAGCAGAAUUAUACAUAUCUAUCAAAUGAAAGGAUGUGUUUUUUAUUGUCAGCAUUAGCAAACUGUACAUACGUAAAUAGGCAUAGACAUUGUAAUCAUAAUUGAUGUUUUGUCACAUUGUCAUAACACAAAUUAAAAUAUAGUAAGUAGAUAUCAAUCAGUAAAAAGCACACAUCUCUAUACACCUAUCAGUGAUUGUUUCGCAUUUGUGGAAAAUAAACUUGCAAACUCCAUGCCAUAAAAUAAAAAGAUGAAUUGCCAUGCAAAAAAAAAUGUUUUUAAAUAAUACUAAAAACAACGUUUUUCUACUAUUUUAAUCUUAAAUAAUAAAAAAAUAAAACAAAACACUUUUAGUCUAUGCAAAAAAAUGGCUUUUUUCGUGGACGGUAUACGUGCAGUACCUUACGCUUAUGUCAGUGCUAUUAAGUAGAUAAUUAUGCUUUCAUAGUUUUUCUUCUGUUUCUUUGGGACAGAAGAGAUUCACCAGUUUGGUUGUACUCCACGAUUUUACCCCAAAGUACAGAUGUCCACCACUAGUCUACAUGAUCUCAAUAGUGAUACACGGUAUACUGAAUGAGAAAAAAUGAAAUUAGCAGCAGUGUCCAACUGUACAGGGACAGGACAAAUCAACUUUGGCUAACAGAGAUGCCGCACAAGUACAUUCUGUGUCCUGCUAUGCCCUGCAGUAAUUCUGAAUAUAAUAAUAAAUAUAUAAAGGCAUUCUCGUCCUGC